AUGCGUAAACAGGUGAAAAAUGAGUUUGAAAAAAUAUUAUUUAAAUUGUUCAACAAUGCUGUGUACGGAAAGACAGUGGAAAAUGAAAAGAAACGUAUUGAUGUGAAAUUGGUGAGCAAGUGGGAGGGGCGAUAUGGUGCUGAAGCUCUCAUAGCUCGGGCAAAUUUCUAUAGUAGAGAUAUUUUUGACGAUGAGCUAGCGGCGAUUCAAUUCUUGCGAAUGGAAAUAACAGUGAAAAAACCCAUAUACAUCGGUCUUGCUGUCCUUGAUUUAUCGAAAACUCUUGUGUAUCGCUUCCACUAUGAGUAUAUGGUCAGUGCUAUGGGUGAGUAUUGUAAAUUGUUAUACACUAACACUGAUAGUCUGGUGUAUCCGAUCACUAAUACCAACAUAUAUGAUGUCAUGCGUCGAGAUAUUCAUGAAUGCGAUACCUCAGACUUUGACGAAAAAAAUCAGUUCAAUAUUCCAAGAGCCAAUAAGAAAGUGGUUGAACUGAUGAAAGAUGAGAACAACGGUGAAAUCAUGUUGGGACUCAGGAGUAAAAUAUAUAGAGUUAGAGUUCAGAAUAGAAAUCCAAUAAAAAAGGCGAAAGUACUGAAGAGUUCCGUAUUGAAAGCUACGAUCGUAUUUGACGACUAUGUCAAGUGUCUUAGUGAGAAUGCGAUUUUAAGCCGAGAGCAAAAGAUCAUCAAAUCUCGCCAUCAUGAGUUAUACAGCGAGAAGUAG